AUGCCCGUUGGGGCACCAACGCCCCCUUCCAACACCACUAACGGUGAUGAAUCAUACUGUUCCUCCGCUGCUGAUGACAAUGCACCAGCGCAGCGUGUGCGACUGCAGUGUGAAGAGGAAUUUGCCCUGCGGCUAUGGGCGGCGCGUGUUCGGUAUCUGGAAAGGGGGGAGCUGAAAGAGGAGGUGGAGAAACAUAUGCCCCAUGGCCCUGCACUUCCACCUGGUUGGUACCUCAACGUAAACGAUCCUGUUCUACUCACAUAUGAUCCAUAUUUUAGGUCUCAUGCGACCGUGGCUGACGCGAUGUCUGCGCCAAUCUUUAACACAAAAGAAGGACGAUACUACGCUGACAGCGCACUGCCGCUUUGCCGAGUGGAAGCGCACUCGCUCAAGUCGUACCCUCCUGCUGGAGGACAGGGUUUGACGGGGGAGAGCAAAAGGACUUUAGGGAGCGUUUGUCCAUGCUGCAGCAGCAACGUUGUGGCAACGCGCUGCAUUAAAGCGGGAGAGAUUAUUGCUAUGGAUGUCUCGGAGUUGCGGGUUGUGGAAGACGCGCUUGUGUGGCGUUUCUUUCCCAAUUCCGCGGCUUUCUGUAGGGAACAAAAAUGUGAGAAGAGUGGCAAGGCAGGGAAUGGCUAUACACAGGGGAAUAGCAGCAGAAGUGCUCUUCAAGCCUCGUCCCCCAGACUCGUGGCUGCCGCACGUCAGAUCAUACUUCAUGCCUACGCCAUAGGAAGCGGCGCCUCAGCUCUUGUGGAGACCGGUUUUUCCCAGUUGCUUGCAUCCUUGUUGCUGUCUUGUGGUGACAUGGAGCUGCUUCCGAGAGGGAACGAAAUAAGAAAGGCUCUCACAGGCUUGCAGACAAGCAGUAAAUUCCAUGCUAUUAAUACAUUGAAGCCAAGUACACUACUGCACCAAUCACAGCGUGCGGAGUCUCUCGUUGAGAGCUGGUGUUUUGCUCCGGUGGAGUCCGACCCUCGACUAACUGUGUUGCGUGGUGUUGCGUUGCUGCUACUUCGGUGUAUUCCACCGGUAUUGCUCUUGUGUGCCCGGAAGGAUCCGACUGCGGCAGGGGGGUGUCUUUCACAGGUGCAUGCCAACAAGUUCGUGUUACCGCACUACGGAUUUAUUCGUAGAAUGGGACUGCAUAAACCAGACCGUCUGGCGCGUUUACUGUUGUUUUUUUUGCGGAAUGCAGUUUCCAUUCAAGUUCCUGACCUUCCCAAAUGCAGUGGUUUGUUUCCAUUUCUUCGACGUGUUUCACAUGAGUGUCGACCAAAUAGUUUUGUGAUGUUUCUGGACUCACCUGCCUCGCAUGUUUGCGGCAAGGCGGGUUUUUUUGACUAUAAUACUACCGGCGCGCAUUCCGAUAAGGAGAAGAGGGCGGAAGCACCCUUACCAUGGGGGUUUCCGUGUUCGGAGCGGGUCUUUCUUCCAUCUGUCGCAGUUCUUGUGGCAUGCCGUGACAUUGAUCGCGGGGAACAUAUUUCUCGCAGCUUUUUUGAUUCAGUCUUCAUGACGCAGCCACAACGAUCGAAACUCACACGGCAGCUCUUUGGGGUGGCGUGUAGUUGCCGGUGGUGCGUGGAUGGGCCUGAUGUAGCGCGUGCCUUUCGAUGCCCGCAAUGCCCCCGUAACUGUGGUGUUAUUUGCCCCGUUGGAGAUGGCAGCCGCCUCAAGGAGUGGGUUUGCCUGCAGUGUGGAUAUCGUCCUGACGUAAGUGAGGUUCACCGUUGCCUUGACGAAGAGCAGGAGUUGACGGCCGUUAAGGCGGAUAAGAUGAGUGGCUUGGUGCGUCUAUUGCAGGCGAAGAACGUGCACUACAGUCAUGCCAUCGUUUUUCGUAAGAUAGAUGUGUGGUGUCAAAAGGCGUGGCAGGAGCAAGAUGCGUCGAUGUGUCUAGAGUACCUGGAUCUUAUGCAGAAAAGUGUCCAUCGUGUACUGGACCCGUGUGACCCGCAAAUGGCACAGGUGCAUGAAUUUGCCUCCCAAGUCAAUCAUGCGCUGGGCUCCGCGCACACCGCACGCUACGAGUACUUUAUUGCGCUACAGAUUCGCCUGCGUGCUGGUAUGCGCUACGCACAUUGGACCCGUAAAACAUGGUUCAUGGCGGCUUACAAGCCACUGGAUGAGUUUUUGGAUAGCGUCUGA